UGUUCCAAACAUUAAUUAGUGCUAAAAACAGUCAUCUUGGGGGAAUUUGUUUUGUUUCUGCUAUUUCAAUGCAUUCUGUUAACUCCCUCCCUGCUAUAAAAACCACUCUCAACAAAGUUAACCAACUCACAAAUCAAUGUCUUCAUUCCCCUUCCUCCUCUUGCUCCUCUCGUUUUCCGUUUCGACUCAUGGAGCAGGUCAACUCGGGAUAAACUACGGCAGAGUGGCAGAUAAUUUGCCAACACCAACCCAAGUUGUGGAGCUUCUUAAAUCACACGGGAUCAACCGUAUCAAGAUCUUCGACACCGAAUCCACCGUGUUAAAAGCACUCGCUGAUUCACCAAUAAACGUCGUCGUUGCGCUUCCUAAUCAGCUUCUUCGUUCUACAGCAGCAGAUCAAUCAUUUGCUGAUAACUGGGUCAAAUCCAGUAUCUCUCAGUAUUAUCCCAGAACACAAAUUGAAGCCAUUGCUGUUGGUAAUGAAGUCUUCGUUGACCCACAAAACUCAACUCAAUUUCUCGUCUCUGCGAUGAAAAAUAUUCAUAACUCUCUUCUUAAGUUUAACCUUUCCGCCAUUAAAGUCUCAUCUCCUAUAGCUUUAAGCUCUCUCCAAAACUCAUACCCGGCGUCAUCCGGGUCCUUUAAACCCGACUUGAUUGAACCCGUUAUGAAGCCCAUGCUUGAAUUCUUACGUAAAACUGACUCCUAUUUGAUGGUCAAUGCGUACCCGUUUUUUGCUUACGCUGCCAACUCUAAAGAAAUAUCGUUAGAUUAUGCAUUGUUUAAGAAAAAUCCGGGCGUUGUGGAUUCCGGAAACGGGUUGAAAUAUUUUAGUCUUUUAGAAUCCGAACUCGACGCUGUUUAUAAUGCUAUGAAAGCUCUUAAAUACGACGACGUAAAGAUGGUUGUGACAGAAACUGGGUGGCCUUCCAAAGGUGAAGACGAUGAGAUUGGCGCAAGUGCGGACAAUGCGGCGUCGUAUAACGGCAAUCUGAUAAAAAGGGUAUUGACGGGAAAUGGGACUCCUUUAAGACCAAAGGAACCGCUUAAUGUUUACUUGUUUGCUUUGUUUAAUGAGAACCAAAAAACUGGGCCCACAUCGGAGAGAAAUUAUGGACUAUUUUACCCUAAUCAAGACAAAGUUUAUGAUGUGUCACUCACACAGAAACAAUCGUCAACGCCGGUCAACAAAAAUAAGACGAAAAAUCAAGAAUCGUCACCGCCGGUCAAUAAAAAUAAGACGAAAAAUCAAGGAUCGUCACCGCCGGUCAACAAAAAUAAGACGAAAAAUCAAGAAUCGUCACCGCCGGUCAACAAAUACACGACGCAAACUCUUCAGGUGGAUAACGGAGGAGGCGGAAAGGUGGCUAAGACGGCGGCCGGACAGACUUGGUGUGUAGCUAAUGGGAAAGCUGGCGAGAAGAAGCUACAAGCUGCUAUUGAUUAUGCUUGUGGUAGAGGCGGAGCCGAUUGCCGUCCGAUUCAAGUUGGUGCCACGUGUUAUAAUCCUAAUACUAUUGAGGCCCACGCUUCUUAUGCAAUUAAUAGUUAUUAUCAAAAGAAUGCUCGUGCUGCUGGCACGUGUAAUUUUGAUGGUGCUGCCUAUGUGGUUACUCAACCUCCUAGUAAGUACACGAUCAACUCUCCUAAUUAG